GGUGAGGGACCCAACAUUAAAAAAUCUCUUUCUUUACCUUAUCAUAGAACUACUUAAUUUUAUCAUCCACCACAACAGAGCAGAGCAGAGCAGAAAAAAUGGCGUCUUUGGCUCAACAAUUCGAAGGCCUAAGAUGUUCACCACUCUCAUCUUCCCGUUUUUGGGUGAAACCAAAGAAAACCCGGAAAGUGAGUGCUUUUGCUUUUCCCAUUGUUUCAGCUGUUGCUGAUGCCCAGACCAAAGCCAGGCUUGAACUCAAGCAGGUGUUCGAGGAUGCCUAUGAACGCUGUCGUACUGCUCCUAUGGAAGGUGUUUCUUUCACCCUUGACGAUUUUCAAACUGCUCUUGAAAAAUAUGACUUUGAUUCUGAAAUUGGAACCAAGGUCAAAGGAACAGUUUUCUGCACAGAUGCUAAUGGGGCAUUGGUUGACAUUACUGCAAAAUCUUCAGCAUAUCUAUCAGUCCAAGAGGCCAGCAUCCACAGAAUCAAACAUGUCGAAGAAGCAGGUAUAGUUCCUGGUAUGAGGGAUGAAUUUGUUAUUAUCGGUGAACUCGAGGCGGAUGAUAGCUUAGUCUUGAGCUUAAGGUCCAUUCAAUAUGAGCUUGCUUGGGAAAGAUGCAGGCAGCUUCAAGCUGAGGAUGUUGUUGUGAAGGGUAAGAUCGUUGGCGGAAACAAGGGCGGAGUAGUGGCGUUGGUGGAGGGUCUUCGAGGCUUUGUUCCUUUCUCGCAGAUAUCAUCGAAAUCUACUGCGGAAGACCUUCUCGAUAAGGAGCUGCCCUUGAAGUUUGUCGAGGUUGAUGAGGAACAGUCAAGACUCGUACUCAGUAACCGCAAGGCCAUGGCUGACAGUCAAGCACAGCUAGGAAUUGGAUCAGUUGUGCUCGGAACUGUUCAGAGCUUGAAACCUUAUGGUGCAUUCAUCGAUAUCGGUGGAGUUAACGGCCUUCUCCAUGUGAGUCAGAUCAGUCAUGAUCGCGUUUCAGACAUCGCUACCGUUCUUCAGCCCGGGGACACUCUGAAGGUCAUGAUAUUGAGCCACGACCGUGAAAGAGGCAGAGUAAGUCUUUCUACGAAGAAACUUGAGCCUACCCCUGGAGACAUGAUCCGCAAUCCGACUCUUGUUUUCGAAAAGGCUGAAGAGAUGGCUCAGACAUUCAGGCAGAGAAUCGCUCAAGCGGAAGCGAUGGCUCGUGCCGACAUGCUUCGAUUCCAGCCCGAGAGUGGGUUAACUCUAAGUGGUGACGGGGAAUUGGGUCCUCUCACAUCAGAUUUGCCACCAGAAGGUCUAGACCUCAGUGAUGUUCCUGAAGCAGAAGAUUCUGAGUUUAUUUUACUUUUUUUAUUGCUAUGUAAUUUUGACAUUGUUUACUUUGAAAAACUGGUUCAAUUCAAUUGCCUUAAUUUCAAAACUUGGAAUUUUGAAAGGGCUAAUGUUGAAAUUUCCCCAUUUAGGCAGUGCAAUAUUAGCUAG